AUGUCCAAAACCUUCUCACAGAGCGACGUUGCGUCGCACAAGACGCCCGACUCAUUAUGGAUCGUCAUCGACGACGAUGUCUACGACGUGACUAAAUUCCAAGAUGAUCAUCCAGGCGGCAAGAAGAUCCUCCAAAGAGUCGCCGGCAAGGACGCCUCCAAGCAGUUCUGGAAGUACCACAACGAGGGCAUCCUCAAGAAGUACAAGGCCAAGCUGCAGGUCGGCAGUCUCGACACAAAGCCAAAGGCCGCCGAGGCCGCAAAACCCGCCGCUGAGCCCGCGCCCGUGGCUGCGCCGGCUAAAAAGGAGCUGCCGAAGAAGGUUGCUGCCCCGGCGGCGGCGGCGAGCAGCUCCCAGGAGGAGGCCGAGGCGCUGGAGCCGUUUGGCCAGCAGAUUCCGUUUGCGGAUCCGAACUGGUACCAAGGUUUCCACUCCCCCUUCUUCAACGAGUCGCACGCCGCUCUGCGCGCCGAGGUCCGCGAAUGGGUCGAGACGGAGAUCGAGCCGAACGUGACCGAGUGGGACGAGAAGAAGGAGGUCCCCGCCGCCAUCUACAAGGAGAUGGGCCGCCGCGGCUACCUCGCCGGCCUGCUGGGCAUGCACUACCAGAAGGACUACGUCGACAACACGGUCAAGUCCGUCGCGCCCGAGCAGUGGGACCUGUUCCACGAGAUGCUGCUGACCGACGAGCUGUCGCGCACCGGCUCGGGCGGCUUCGUCUGGAACGUCAUUGGCGGGUUCGGCAUCGGCUGCCCGCCGCUGGUCAAGUUCGGCAAGAAGAGUCUUGUUGAUCGCAUCCUGCCGGGCAUCCUGAACGGCGACAAGCGCAUCUGUCUGGCGAUCACGGAGCCGGAUGCCGGGAGCGACGUGGCGAACCUGACGUGCGAGGCCAAGCUCAGCGAGGACGGCAAGCAUUACAUCGUCAAUGGCGAGAAGAAGUGGAUCACAAACGGCAUCUGGGCGGAUUACUUCACCGUCGCGGUGCGCACGGGCAAGCCUGGCAUGAAUGGCGUGAGUCUGCUGCUGAUUGAGCGCGACUUUGGCGGUGUUUCCACGAGGAGAAUGGACUGCCAGGGUGUGUGGUCCAGCGGAACGACCUACAUCACGUUCGAGGACGUCAAGGUCCCCGUGGAGAACCUGCUGGGCAAGGAGAACCAGGGCUUCAGAGUCAUCAUGACCAACUUCAACCAUGAGCGCAUGGGCAUCAUCAUCCAGUGCCUGCGCUUCUCGCGCGUCUGCUACGAGGAGUCGGUCAAGUACGCCAACAAGCGCCGCACCUUCGGCAAGAAGCUCAUCGAGCACCCGGUCAUCCGCAUGAAGCUCGCGCACAUGGCCCGCCAGAUCGAGGCCUCGUACGCCUGGCUCGAGAACAUGAUCUACCAGUGCGAGAAGAUGGGCGAGACAGAGGCCAUGCUGCGCCUCGGCGGGCCCAUCGCCGGCCUCAAAGCCCAGAGCACCGUCACGUUUGAGUUCUGCGCGCGCGAGGCGAGCCAGAUAUUUGGCGGCCUGAGUUACUCGCGCGGCGGGCAGGGCGGUAAGGUCGAGAGGCUGUACAGAGAUGUGAGGGCGUAUGCGAUCCCCGGUGGCAGUGAGGAGAUUAUGUUGGAUUUGAGCAUGAGGCAAUCGCUGAGGGUGGCUAAGGCGAUGGGGAUGAAGCUGUAA